AUGUUUGAACAACCUCAUCAAGCUGCUCGACAGAAGAUCCCAAAAGAUGGGACUGGACCUAGGGGGCGACCAGAAUGUUAUUACACGUCACGCGUAUUAAAUUCGACAUUCCGUUACGUGAGAUUCGUGAAAAAACUCCGCGCCCUCGAAGAGGAACAACGUAAGGGUGCAGAGAACAAACUCAAAGAACUCAAGGAUAAACAGUACAGCGACUUCUUCAUAAGAUGCGAUCGCAGGUCUUUAAUAAACAACGUUGCCCGCCGAGUCGACUUAUGCUUGCAGUCGUACCAGGAGGAUUUGAAAGAAAAAAGGCAGAGGCUAAAGGAUCUGCUGUCAGUGGAAGAAGAAGCCAAUGUCCGUAAGGUGGUGGAGCAAGCCCAGGCGGGCGCCGAAGCUCUAUGGCAAGAGAAGAAAGAAAGAUUGGCGUAUUUGCUAGCUAAACGACAGAAGGAACACGAAGACAGAUAUAAGGAUACGCCUCUUUCGAAAUGCUCUCACGUACUACCGUGCAUCUACAAGUUGCGUGCAAUAGAAGCGCAAGAGAUACAACUAUACCAGAUGAAAGAGAAGCAAGCAAUGUUGAUGGCAGAGAAGGAGUACGACAAAAUGUGGCACGAGGUGGCUAUGAAGGAAUCCGAUGCUUUGGCUGCGCGCAUGGAACAAGAUGCAAUAGACCGUUUGCGUCGAGACAGGGAGUGUAAAGAGUACUCGGACUAUCAGGUGCAACAGAGGCGGAUGCAACGCGAGAAAGAAAGAGAGAUGCUCAAGCAAGAGACGCUCCGGUUCCGCGCUAUAUGGGAUGAAGAAAAUAGAAAGGAAGAAGAAGCGGAACGUCAGCGUGCCGAGAAACGUAUGGCGACAGGGCAAGAAAGAAAGCAGAUGAUUGAAGAGAGACAGGAGACGUUGAAGAAACAAAAGGCUGACGACAAACUUAUAAAUGACAAUUGGGACUCAUUAGCUACACAGAGAUUAAACGAGGAACAAAUGAAAAUGGAACUAAGGAAGAAAAAGGAGAGAGAACUUGAUGAAUGUAACAGAAAGAUGGCAGAAUUGAAACGUGAAAUAGCUCUGUUAGACACCGCCGAUGAUGCUUUAUUCCAACAAGAUGCAACUUUGAGACAAGACGCUAUGGACAGAAGGCGAUGCGAAUUCCGCCUUCGGUCGCAGAGGAUCAAUAAGGAAGUCCGCCAAGCCAUGUUAGACCAAAUUAAAGAACGAGACAACUCUAGAGCAAUUCUUAAACAGAAACUAGCGGAACAAGACGAAUACCAAAGGCAACUGUUCUCACAACUGCAAGAACUGGUAGCUCAUAAAAAACUGACUGAUGCUCAACAUAGGAAGGCACAUCAGAACAACCUUUUGAAACAAAUAGAGUACAACAAAAUAUUGAAGCAUGACAAUGACCCUAAACAUACAGCCAAUAGCGUCAAAUGUUUCCUUAGCGAACAGCGUAUAUCCGUUUUAGACUGGCCACCAAAUGGUCCGGGCUUAAACCCGAUAGAAAAUCUCUAG